AUGGAGAUUACCAAAGUCGGUAUCAUUGGAGCUGGCACCAUGGGGGGUGCCGUCUCCCUCCUUUUCGCAGAAAAGGGGCUCGACGUGUCCAUAGUUGAUACAUCACGAGCAAGUCUCGAUAAGGUCGCGAAGAACGCGGAGGCCGCUGGACUAUCGAAACGAAUCCACAUCUGCGAGGACUACGAUGCCCUCUGUCAAGGACUCGGGUCUCCCAAGGUCUUUAUCUUCAGCUUACCGAAUGGCCGUCCUGGCGAUAGUGUCGUCGCCCAACUCAAAUCACGUGUCUCAAAAGGCGACAUCCUUAUUGACGCUUCGAACGAAAACUACGAACGCACACAAGCGAGACAAGAGAUUCUUCGUCCUCUUGGUGUUGCAUAUAUCGGACUUGGCAUCUCAGGUGGUAGCUUUGGGGCUAGAUAUGGCCCAUCGCUUAUGCCUGGUGGUGAGAAAUGGGCUGUUGAGCAAGUUCUUCCCCUUCUCUCUAGGAUCGCGGCCAAGGAUGAUCAAGGACGUCCCUGUGUAACCAAUAUUGGCACUGGUGGGAGUGGUCACUUUGUGAAGAUGAUCCAUAAUGGCAUUGAGCAUGGAGUCAUGUCCAGUCUCUGCGAAGCAUGGGAGAUUAUGGACAAGUGCUUGAAGAUGACUGGUGAUGAGAUUGGCGACGUGUUUGACUCUUGGUGUGAGAAGGGAGAACUGAAAGGCAACUUCCUCGUAUCGAUCAGCGGUCCUAUCUGCAGAACCCGAAGUCCUGUCGACGGCGGCUCUCUAUUGCACCAGAUCAGAGAUGCCGUCGUCCAAGAUGCCAACGACUCCGAAGGCACCGGAGUUUGGGCCAACAUCGAAGCUGUCGCCUCUCAUGUCCCGGCACCGAGUCUGACCGCCGCCCACUACCUACGACUUGCCUCAGCCGAAGUCGAGCAAAGAAGCGCCGUCAAAGCCUCCAUCGGGACCGUCUCUCCACAACCCUUCACAGUUGCGCCCGAGAAGCGAGCCUAUAUUCUUGAACAACUACGACAAGCUGUUUAUGUCACAAGUCUGGCGUGCUUCAUCCAGGGAUUCGAUGUCAUGGAACGCAAAAACCGACAAGAAGGUUGGGGUGUUGACAUGACACGCGUCUUGAAUAUCUGGAGAGCUGGCUGCAUCAUCAAGUCUGAUUACAUCUUUGACAUCCUCGACCUUGCAUAUGCUGAGGGCUCUGACGUGCAUCCCCUGUGUAGACCUGGAGUGCCGAACGAGAUCACGAAAUCUUGGCCUUCGCUCAAAGCCAUUGUGCUUGAAGGUCUGAAGGCUGAUGCCCACUUACCUUGCUUGAGUGCCACUUUGGAAUAUCUCAAGUACAUCGGAGGUACUGACCUUCCAACUUGCUUCUCGGAAGCACAGCUGGAUAGCUUUGGUGCUCAUGGAUUUGAUCUCAAGUCAGAGCCUAUUAGACAUCUCUUGAAGGGAAACCACCACGAGACAUGGUCCGGUGCUUAG